AUGCCAAGCUCAAAGGUCACGUGGGCAUCGGCGAAUGGGGAUACAGGACAACGGAGCAACCAAUGGAAUCACCCGACCGAACAACUAAUCGCGACCAAAGGUCAUCCUAGCAGAGCAGCACGGUGUGACAAGGACCACAACCAACUCGAGCCGGUCAAAAACUGCCGGGCUGGAUUUCCGCUUGGCUGGCUCCAUCGAUCCACGAAGCCAGAACAGUCUCAGGGACGUGAUUUGGGCCGUCUGGCUGAGGAAUCUCAGUGCUCUUCACGUUCAACUUGUGAUCAGGAAAUCCAUAGCAAAGCCGCCCGUGGACCUUACGUUGUGACCGCACCGAGAAUCAGACAACCAAUGCACCAGAAUGAUACGCUAAUGAUAAUCACCCCGAUCAGAUUCGCCUGGAUCGCCUGGAUCAAAGAUUACGGAGGCGAGCGUGUGCAUGUGACCAAAAUCGAGAUUGCUCCGAACUUGAUUCCCACAAGGAAUUGGAAAACAACAGAUGGUGUUGAAUGGAAGCAGUCGGAUAUGAUUCAUGUUAUCCAAAUUGUCGAGUGUGCGUAA